AUGGAGCCGCGGGAGGUGAAGGACCGGAUCCUGGAGAACAUCUCGCUGUCGGUGAAGAAGUUGCAGAGCUACUUCGCUGCGUGUGAGGAUGAGACGCCUGCCAUCCGGAAUCACGACAAGGUGCUGCAGCGCCUGUGCGAGCACCUGGACCACGCCCUGCUGUACGGGCUGCAGGACCUCUCCUCCGGCUACUGGGUGCUGGUGGUGCACUUCACCCGGAGGGAGGCCGUCAAGCAGAUCGAGGUGCUGCAGCACGUGGCCACCAACCUGGGGCGCAGCCGCGCCUGGCUGUACCUGGCCCUCAACGAGAACUCCCUGGAGAGCUACCUGCGGCUGUUCCAGGAGAACCUGGGCCUGCUGCACAAGUACUACGUCAAGAAUGCCCUGGUCUGCAGCCACGAUCACCUGACUCUCUUCCUGACCUUGGUGUCUGGGCUGGAGUUCAUUCGCUUCGACCUGGACCUGGACGCCCCCUACUUAGACCUGGCCCCCUACAUGCCCGACUACUACAAGCCUCAGCACCUGCUGGACUUCGAGGACCGCCUUCCCAGCUCGGCCCAUGGCUCCGACAGCCUGUCCCUCAACUCCUUCAACUCCGUCACCUCCACCAACCUGGAGUGGGACGACAGCGCCAUCGCCCCGUCCAGCGAGGAUUAUGAUUUUGGAGAUGUGUUUCCGGCAGUGCCGUCGGUACCCAGCACAGACUGGGAAGACGGGGACCUCACAGACACUGUCAGUGGCCCCCGCUCCACUGCCUCCGACCUGACCAGCAGCAAAGCGUCCACCAAGAGCCCCACCCAGCGACACAACCCCUUCAAUGAGGAGCAGGCGGAGGCCGUGUCCUCCUCCGACACCACCCCGGUGCACGCCUCCUCCCAGGGCACAGAGCCGCCCCCCCCGGAGCUGCUGGACGCCGGCUCGGAGCUCGAAGUCAUCAGGGUCACCAAGAAGAAGAAAACUGGCAAGAAGAAGAAGACCAGAGCAGAUGAGGAAGCCAGUCCACUGCGCCCGGCCUCUGCCCAGCACGCUGGUGCCAGGAGGGGGGACGGCGACAGCCGGGUCGGCAGCCCAGGCCUCGGGCGGGGCUCCCCAGACGCCACCGUGGCUUGCCCCCAGGAGAAGGGAGAGGGGCCCAGCAGCGCCGCUGAGAGCAGCGAGCGUGCGGAGCCCGGCCAGAUGGGCCUGCUCAUCCCCGCGAUGAAGGACACCUCCAUGGAGCGCCUGGGGCAGCCCCUGAGCAAAGUCAUGGACCAGCUCCACGGGCAGCUGGACCCUCGCACCUGGUGCUCCCCCGCCGAGCCCCCCGACCAGCCCUUUCGGACCGGCUCUCCGGGGGACGCCCCGGAGAGACCACCGUUUUGUGACUUUAGUGAGGGGCUUCCGGCCCCAAUGGACUUCUACCGCUUUACCGUCGAGAGUCCAAGCACUGUUACAGCAGGUGGCGGCGACCAUGACCCUGCAGGGCCUGGCCAACCGCUGCAUGUUCCUGGUGGCCCUGCGGCUGCUGGCCAAGAAGAAGAGGGAGGAGGAGGAGGAGAGGGACAGGCGCCUCCGCCCCUAGGGGCCGCCCUGGGGGAGGCUCAGGACCCAGAGGCCCGGGCACCAGAGACCCAGGUGCCCCCCGUCGGGGAGGGGCCCGGGCCUGAGCCAGAGUCUGGGACCCAGCAGGCUCUUUGCCAGCUCAAGCGGGACCAGCCCAGCCCGUGCCUGAGCAGCGCGGAGGACUCGGGGGUGGAGGAGGGGCAGGGGAGCCCCUCUGAGAUGUCCCACGCGGCGGAGUUCAGAGUCGACAACAACCACUUACUCCUGCUGAUGAUCCACGUGUUUCGAGAAAACGAAGAGCAGCUCUUCAAAAUGAUCCGGAUGAGCACAGGGCACAUGGAAGGCACCCUGCAGCUGCUGUACGUGCUGCUCACAGACUGUUAUGUCUACCUGCUCCGGAAAGGGGCCACGGAGAAGCCAUACCUGGUGGAAGAGGCCGUUUCGUACAAUGAGCUUGACUACGUGUCGGUGGGCCUGGACCAGCAGGCGGUGAGGCUGGUGUGCACCAACCGCAGGAAGCAGUUCCUGCUGGACACGGCCGAUGCGGCUCUGGCUGAGUUCUUCUUGGCUUCUUUGAAGUCGGCCAUGAUCAAAGGCUGUCGGGAACCCCCGUACCCCAGCAUCCUGACCGACGCCACCAUGGAGAAGCUGGCACUGGCCAAGUUCGUGGCCCAGGAAUCUAAGUGUGAGGCAGCCGCUGUGACCGUGCGCUUCUAUGGGCUCGUGCACUGGGAGGACCCCACUGACGAGUCCCUGGGCCCCGUCCCCUGCCACCUCUCACCCCCCGAGGGCACCAUCACCAAAGAAGGCAUGCUGCACUACAAGGCGGGCACCUCCUACCUGGGCAAGGAGCUCUGGAAGACGUGCUUCGUGGUGCUCAGCAACGGGAUCCUCUACCAGUACCCUGACCGCACCGAUGUCAUCCCCCUGCUCUCGGUGAACAUGGGGGGGGAGCAGUGCGGUGGCUGUCGGAGGUCCAACACCACGGAUCGGCCCCACGCCUUCCAGGUCAUCCUUGCCGACCGGCCGUGCCUGGAGCUGAGCGCCGAGAGCGAGGCUGAGAUGGCUGACUGGAUGCAACACCUCUGCCAGGCCGUGUCCAAAGGGGUCAUCCCCCAGGGCGUACCUCCCAGCCCCUGCAUCCCCUGCUGCCUGGUGAUCACCGACGACCGCCUGUUCACGUGCCACGAGGACUGUCAGACCAGCUUCUUCCGCUCUCUGGGCACAGCCGCGCUGGCCGACAUCAGCGCCGUCUCCACGGAGCCGGGCCGGGAGUACUGUGUCUUGGAGUUCUCCCGGGACGGCCAGCAGCCCCUCCCGCCCUGGGUCAUCUACCUGAGCUGCACGUCUGAACUGGACCGAUUCCUGUCUGCACUGAGCUCCGGGUGGAGGACCAUCUACCAGGUGGACCUCCCGCACAAGGCCAUCCAGGAAGCCUCCACCAAGAAGUUCGAGGACGCCCUGAGCCUCAUCCACAGCGCGUGGCAGCGCAGCGACAGCCUGUGCCGCGGCCGAGCCUCCCGGGACCCCUGGUGCUGA